GUGAUGGCGUUUGUCAGAUAAUUUCUUUCUCUCAAGUUGCCGGUACCCUGCUUACUUUUGGGUUGGAAUUGUGUUAGAUUAGUCUGGAGAUAGAUACAGACAAGAUGCUAGGCCUAUCUAGACGGUUUAUUGCUCAAUCAGCGUCCAUUGGAUUGAGAUGCAAUAGUACAUUGGUAAUUGCUGAGCACAACAACGAACAACUAAACCCAAUUACUUUGAAUACAUUAACUGCAGCCAGCAAACUGGGAGGCGAUGUUUCCUGUCUUGUUGUGGGUUCCCAGUGUGGUAAGGUAGCCGAGGAGUUGAGUAAGGUUGCAGGUGUUUCAAAGAUCCUAUUGGCUGAUAAUGAGGUGUACAAUGGAUUUCUAGCAGAAGCUGUUGCCCCUCUCAUACUUGAAACUCAGAAGCAAUUUAAUUUCACACAUAUUGCAGCUGGAGCCACUGCAUUUGCCAAGAGUGUAUUACCAAGGGUUGCUGCUAAGCUUGAUGUUGCUGCCAUUUCUGAUAUCAUUGGCAUCAAAGACGCUGACACAUUUGUAAGGACCAUUUAUGCAGGUAAUGCAAUAGCAACUGUACGCUCUAAAGACCCUGUGAAGGUGCUUACGGUGAGAGGGACAUCAUUUGAGGCUUGUGCAGACAGUGGGGGAUCAGCAGCUACUGAGCCAGCUCCUACUGCCGAACUUUCCAAUGAUUUAUCAUCUUACGAAGGUCAAAUGUUGUCCAAAAGCGAUCGACCAGAACUGACCAGCGCAUCGACCGUCAUCUCUGGAGGGCGUGGAAUGAAAAAUGGAGAGAAUUUUGAAAUGUUGUACACACUAGCAUCGAAACUCAAUGCUGCUGUUGGAGCCUCAAGAGCAGCAGUAGAUGCUGGAUUUGUCCCAAAUGAUAUGCAAGUUGGGCAAACCGGUAAAAUCGUAGCCCCUCAAUUGUACAUUGCUGUUGGUAUAUCAGGAGCCAUCCAGCAUCUGGCUGGCAUGAAAGACAGCAAAGUAAUAGUAGCAAUAAACAAGGAUCCCGAGGCACCGAUCUUCCAAGUUGCAGACUAUGGACUUGUUGCUGACCUCUUCAAGGCUGUUCCUGAAAUGAAUGAAAAAUUGUAGCAAAAGUACCUGGACACAUAGUUAUUGUUAUAUUGGAGAUACUGGUAUUCUCUAUGAACACAUCCUUCCAAAUGAUUAAUUUGAAUGCAUAGUAUUAUGUAUUCAUUUUAAACAGUCUGUAGAUCCAAGUCUUGCAAGUUACCACAAAUACCACAGAGAUGUUCCUUAUUUGCGAAAACAAGCAGUAAUACUGUACAGUAUUUUUAAUUAGUACUUUUGGGAGUGAAGAAUGUUAUGGAACUUAAUUAGCACUCUUGGGAGAGUGAAUUUUAUUGAAUACAUCUGGGUAUGAAAGAGAACUUUAAAUAGCACACUUGGGUAUGAAAGUGAAUUAAGAUUGAAGAAUGUUAUUAAGAAUGUGGUAACUAUUUGUAUAGAUGUUUAUUGAAUAAUUAAAUUCCAGUGUACUUGGAAAUGGAAUUUAUCAAGUAAAGACUUUUUUUCUGUGCUCUGACUGAUCAUGCAUUUCAGAUUGUUUUUGUUAAUUAUCUGUUACCAAAGUGCUGGAUGUGAUAUUCAUCCAGUAACAACAUUAUUUUCCCCAUAAACACCUU